AUCAUCCGAAUUAUCAUCUCGGACUACUUAGUUCUAACAUAAUCUGCCAGUUGCCGCUGUAGUCGGUUUUUUAAAGAGUCCAUUUGAUAGAGAGAGACGGGAGAGAGGCUAGAUUUUGCGGUAUUUAUUUUAGCAAUAUUUAAAAAUGUCGAAAACAAUGGCAAGAAUGAAAAUGGCCAAAAAAGUGACUGAGAAAGUUGAUCACUCGUCGAAAUUACGCGUAAAUAUCCUUGCAGGUUUAGCAUCGUCUGCACCACCGCUUGGAUCUCAGCUCGGACAGAGGAAUAUUAACAUUGCAAAUUUUUGCAAAGAUUUUAACGCAAGAACAGCCGAUAUCAAAGAAGGCAUUCCUCUGCCAUGUCGUGUAAAAGUGCAUUCAGAUAGAACUUAUGAUUUGGUGAUCCAUAAACCACCAGUAACUUACUACUUAAAGCAAGCAGCUGGGAUACAAAAGGGAAAGAUGAAAAAAGGUGAAAUCGCUGGGAAAAUAACUCUGAAACAUUUGUAUGAGAUUGCUAAGAUCAAAUCAGAGGAUCCGCCCUUGGCAUUGCUAUCUUUGCAACAGAUCUGUCAAAUGCUGGUCGGUAUCGCUCGUACAUGCGGCAUCGAAAUCGUGCGUGAAAUAAAUCCAGAAGAAUAUACACAAUUUCUAAAGGAUAGAGAAGAAUCUAUUGCAAAGUUCGAGGAGGAACUUAAAUUAAUUAAAGAAAGCAAAAUGCUCAGAACAAAUUAAUUAGUUAUAACAUAUUACAACUUAAACUUUGUAAUUAUUGUACAUAUAAAAAUUAAUAUACAUUACGUUAACAAACUGCUACGUAUACCAUUUCCUUUAAAAACAAUCUGUUAUCUUAAUGGAAAAAAGGGAAGAACAGGAAAUGCUUCUAACGAAUUAAUGAACGAAAGGAUCUUUUAACAUAUGUAUAUUUAUUACGAACGAGAAGAAUAAAUUUAUAUAUAAUUAAA